AUGAACACAACCAACAACGGCAUUGACAUCAUCGGGGACUGUGUGAGGCUGAUCAACGAGGCCCUUCCGAUCAUGUCCAUGACUCAUGUCGGUUACCCGUAUGUCGAGGUGCCCGCAUGUGGCCGCGCCAUCCUCGUACGCGAUGAUAUGCCCCAUGUCUGCCUCUUUGCCUCCAGCUUGACGCAAGGCACUGUGUACGUCAAUAUGAACCUGCCGGGGAUUCAACGGACCCUCAAGGAACUGGCCGAAAGCGGAGCUCCCUGGACCGAGUUUCAGGCAGUCAGAUACGAGUUUGUGACGAUAGAGCCCAACUCAACCAUUGUCCAGUCGGCUCUUCCUGUAUCGACUAUCCCCAUGCCGACCAUUCCCGACUCGAUCACUUUCCUCAACGACGUUUCGGUCAGUGACAGUUUGGCGCAAGGAUUUCCCGAACAAAAGUAA